GGUACAAGUUCUCUGAUGAAGUUGUGUUUAUAUAAGAAUCGCAGAUGGAUGUUCAAGGUUAUCUUUUGAUAUUGUUUGUUUUGACAUUAAUGGUCAGCUAUGUACAUUUAAAGGAAAAGAACAGAAACAAGAGAAAGAAAGCAAAGUCAAACUAUGAAAAGCUGAAAGAACCAUUUAGUGGUCAACGAAUAAGAUUAGGUUUCAACAAGAACCUUAGAGGCUACAAUGAAGGAUUAUUGGAAAUAUAUAGAGGUGGAAAAUGGGGACUUGUUUGUGAUGAUGAUUGGGAUGAUCAAGAUGCUGAUGUAGCCUGCAGACAAUUAGGAUUUACUUUAGGAGCAUUGAGACCCUUGUACAGAAAGACUGCAGACCAGGAUCAAUGGGACAGCUCAUCAUUUGUGCUGAACAAUGUACAGUGCCUUGGUAAUGAGAGAUCCCUGCUUAAUUGUCCAUACAGUACCAGUACAGAAUGUCAGAUCUCAGAAGCUGUAUCAGUUACCUGUGUCAUGCAGGAUACAACAGAUUGUGGUGAAUCAAGUUCAGGAAAAUGGAUAGCUGGAGAGAAUUCUUGUUAUAUGAUCAAACCAAUCCAUAAUGGAGAUAACGUAAAGAAAAUUCUGAAGGAAUGUGCUGGUCAGAAUGGCGAGUCACAUCUAGCUCUGAUAGAGUCUGAAGCUGAACAUUAUUUCGUAUCUAACAUAUUGUCCAGACACAAAGAAGAUAUUGACAGAAUUAUUCUGAGUUCUAAAUUGAGCAAGAAGAAAGGUUCUGUAUGGAAAUGGCAGAAAUUUACUAGGAAACAGGAUGGAAAUAAUAAAUGGAAAGGAAAAAUGGAGAAAAAAUUAGUGAAGAUGAACUACAAAAAAUGGUUCCCUGGUUGGGAGCCAACUCAGUUUGGUGCAGAGCCCUCUAGAAGUAAAGGGAAAUACCAGUGUAUGACUCUCAGUAACAAGUAUCACCAGCCAGGAUAUGGACCUUCGCCUGUGGGUUUCUACUUCUUUGAUAGUGCUCCCUGUAAACCAGACAAGAAAGAGAAAUCUUACUUUUUGUGUGAGACGCCACGCAAACACGAGUAUAGUCAGUCUAUUAGAGCAGGAGAAGAGGAAUGUUACACAGAUAAUGGUGAGUCCUAUAGAGGUACUACUGCAGUCACCAAAGAUGGUACUCCAUGUACUAGAUGGACCUUAUCUGAUUAUGCCAAUCCAUGGACCCAUCCAGGAAAGGGUUUGGGAGACCACAAGUUCUGUCGUAAUCCAGACAGUGACAAACAACCUUGGUGUUGGGUUAAAGUUGGUACAAAUGACUUUGGAUUCUGUAAUAUUGCACAAUGUGAUGAAGCACCUGUUACUACAACAACAGUAGCACCAAAGGACUGCCCAGAUGAGGAAUUUUAUUGUUACAACCAUCUUAAAAAUAGUUUGUACACCAAAGAAUGUAUUCCAGAAAGUUUUCAAUGUGACAAUGAAAAUGAUUGUGAUGAAGAAGAGGAUGAGCUAAAUUGUGAUUACAAACUUCCACUGUUUAAGAAGACAAAAUAUAGAGUUCUUAAGACUGAUGUGAAAGAGAGAUAUGUCAAGAUUGCAUUAGAAUAUUGUGCCAGACUGUGUUUAGAAAGCACCAGUUUUGUAUGUAGAUCUAUAUCCUAUAUAGGCAUACAGAGAGAAUGUUUCCUCUCAGAUAAGAACAGCAAUACAGCCAGGCCAACAUUCUCCUAUAACCAUGAUUUCUAUGAGUUGAAUUCUCAAAUAGAUGUUGAUUGUGUUGGAGGAUAUAAAUGUAACAAUGGUCGCUGUGUGACGUCUGAUGCUCUAUGUAAUGGUAAAGACGAGUGCCUGGAUUUAUCUGAUGAAGAUGGGUGUGAUCAGUCCCCUGAAAAAGACACUAUAGAUGUGAGACUGGUUGGUGGAGAAGAUAAACACUCAGGCAGAGUUGAAGUUAAUUAUCGUGGAGAAUGGGGUGUGAUUUGUGACGAUCAAUGGGACAUAAAGGAUGCCAUUGUUGUGUGUAGAAUGCUGGGAUAUGUCCAUGCAUUAUCAGCAUUUAAAAGAAGCAAAUUUGGAAGUGGAAAUGGCAAAUUUUUAUUGGAUGAAGUCAACUGUUUUGGUAAUGAGACAUCAUUAAUGUCAUGUGAUGCUAAUCCAUGGAAAGAUCAUGAUUGUAAAGACUAUGAAGUAGCAGGAGUUCAGUGUCAACAAUCAAAAGGGUGUAAUCCUGAUGAAUUCACAUGCAGUAAUGACAACUGUGUACCACAACGACUUGUAUGUAAUUCAGAGGACGAUUGUAUUGAUAACAGUGAUGAAAUAGAUUGUGAACUGAAGAUUGAGUUAAUGAAUGGAAGUUCAAGUGAAGGUCGUGUAGAGGUGAUAAGAAAUGGCAUCCGUGGUACGAUAUGUGAUGAUCAGUGGGAUGAUAAUGCAGCAACAGUUGUUUGCCGGAUGUUAGGAUACAAUACUGGUGUAGCUAAGGUUGACAGUAUUUAUGGUUCAGGAACAGGGAUGAUCUGGCUGGAUGGGAUGGUUUGUGAUGGAACAGAGACGAGUUUAGAUGACUGCCACAUUCCAGUUUGGGGUAAACAUGACUGUGAUCAUUCUGAAGAUGCAGGGGUCAUAUGUACUAAUAUUUCCAUUGCCUCAACUACUACAACUACAGAAAAACCAUUUUUACAGAUUUCAUUAAACCUAACAGGAAACAGCAGUUCUGAUGGAAGAAUUGUGUUGUAUGUUGGUGGAAUAGAGGGAUCAAUCUGUGAUGAUGAAUUUGAUGAUAAUGAUGCCAUUGUUAUCUGCAGAAUGAUUGGAUAUCACAGUGGUAGGGCAUUAGACAAUACUGUGGGUAUGUUUGGUGAAGGUACUGGAGAGAUUUGGAUUGACAACCUGCGCUGUUCUGGUACAGAAACUUCUAUACUACAAUGUAGCUAUACAACUAUACAUGAUUGUUCUCAUUCAGAAGAUGCUGGGGUUAUCUGCGAAAAAGCGCCACCUACUGAUAUUCAUAUUCAACUUGUGAAUGGCAGGGGACCUAAUUCAGGUCGUAUAGAGGUGACAGUCAAUGGAACGGUAGGAGGUAUAUGUAGAGAUGACAUCGGAACAUCAGAGGCAAGAACUAUAUGUCAUUCCUUAGGAUACAGUGGAGUAGACAUUUUAACAACAACAUAUAGUAUUAACAGUAAGUGGUUGGGAGGAAUUCACUGUUUACAGAACGAAACAUCAUUAGCUGAGUGUGUCAGUAAUCAAGGUCUACAGCCAUACUGGCAUGAGUCAUGUGACAAAUUUGGGUCAGCUUUACUUAGCUGUACUGUUUCAGAUACUACUACAAGUACUACGUAUACAGUCUCAACAACUGUUCAAUCUAUACCAGAAUCUGUAACAGUGCAGCUGAUUGGUGGAGAUUCUGACAAGGAAGGCAAUGUUUUAUUGACCUAUGGAGGACAGACUGGUACCAUAUGUGAUGACUUGUGGGACAAUAAUGAUGCUACAGUUAUCUGUAGAAUGCUGGGAUACAGCUAUGGGAGUGCAACCAAUGAGAGCCAUUUUGGUAUUGGAACAAAUGAGAUAUGGCUGGAUGAUGUACAGUGUUCAGGGGAGGAAGGUUCAAUCCUGGAAUGUCCAAAUGCAGGAUGGAAGAUGAAUAAUUGUGGAAGAGUUAGAGAAAUAGCUGGUGUUAAAUGUAGUGAUGAUGGUAUCCAUGUCACUAUGAACGUUACAGUGAAUUUACAUGAUGGCAGCUUUGAAGGUGAAGGUCGGGUAGAGGUUACCAGAGGUCAUGAGACAGGAUCAGUGUGUGACGAUUACUGGGAUUAUAAGGAUGCUAAAGUUGUGUGUAAAAUGCUGGGAUACAAUGUUGGAAUAGCAGUUAAGAAUGCAGGCUAUGGCUCCAGUACUGGUCCUAUAUUAUUAGAUAAUGUGCAGUGCCAAGGAUCUGAGAGUAAUAUUUAUGACUGUGUACAUGAGGGCUGGGGUAACAGUAAUUGUGGUCACGAAGAAGAUGCUGGUGUCAUCUGUGGAACAGAAAGGGUUACAAGAAAGGCAACAGUAGAACUUGUAGGAGGAGCCUCUAGGAAUGAGGGCCGAGUUGAAAUGAUUUAUGGUGGAGUUCGGGGAACUGUCUGUAAUCAACAGUUUGAUGAUACCAAGGCAACCAUUAUCUGUAAAAUGUUGAAAUUUAGUGCUGGAAAAGUUCUGCCUACUGGUAAAUUCAGUGCUGGACAAGGAAUGAUUUGGGCUGCAGAGAAGUGGGAAUGUCUAGGUACUGAGGAUAGAGUAGAUGAGUGUACUAAUUUCCCAGGUAUAAAAUCCAGCUGUGACCAUACACAAGAUGUUGGUGUUUUCUGUCAUCAUGAACCUGUGACCACAACCACCACCACCACCACAAAGAAACCAUCUACUACAUCUGAUACAAAACCAGUUUCAGGCAUUAAGGUAGAAUUAGUAAAUGGAAAUGCACCAAACAGAGGCAGAGUAGAAAUUAUUCGCAAUGGUGUAAGGGGCACUGUUUGUGAUGAUAGAUGGGAUGACAAUGAUGCUACUGUUAUAUGCAGAAUGCUUGGAUAUAAAAGAGGAGGAACAGCUGUAUCAGAAGCUAUAUAUGGAGAAGGAUCUGGUGAUAUUAUACUGGAUGAUGUUGAAUGUGAUGGGGCAGAGACUUCUAUAGAAGAAUGUACUCAUUCAGGAUGGGGUGUCAGUAAUUGUCAUCACACAGAAGAUGCUGGUGUCAGAUGUAUAGCUGAUAAACCUACAACUGGAGGUGAUGACUGGCAGGCCACGUUUGCUCCUGAUUGUGGGAAACGUCCAAUAGAAGACCGACACAUUAGAAAGAAAAGACAGACACCACAUCUUGGAGAAGCUACUGUACUUGAGCGUCCACAACCAGCUAAAAUAGUCUAUGGAUCAGCAGCGGAAUAUGGAAUGUACCCUUGGCAGGUUGGAGUCCGGAAGAUUUAUUAUUAUGAUUAUUUUUCCAGAAAGAAAAUCUCCAGUGUAUGGUGUGGAGGGACAAUUAUCAAUAAACAUUGGAUUCUCAGUGCUGCUCAUUGCUUUGAUGGUGUACUUAAAUCCAAAAUAACCAUAAGGACAGGGGAUCACAACCACAAGACAUUGGAUGUUUAUGAACAAGAAUUUGACGUAGAAGCUGUUCUCACUCAUGAUCAGUAUGACUCUGAUACAUAUGAUAAUGAUAUAGCACUGGUGAAAAUUAGUUCUGAUGAUGGUGAAGGGAUAACAUUCAAUGAUUAUGUUCAACCAGCUUGUCUACCUGACAUGGACACUCUGUAUAGAACUGGUACAUUGUGUCAUAUAUCUGGAUGGGGAAAGACUGAACAUGGAGUUAGUCCGAAUGUUUUGAGGAAAGAAAAAAUUCCAAUAAUGAAUCACAGUAAAUGUAGAAGUUUGUAUAAAAGUGAUACCAUUACACCACAUAUGUUAUGUGCUGGUUAUGAGGAGGGAGGUGUAGACACUUGUCAGGGAGACAGUGGUGGACCCUUAGUAUGCAAGGUUAACGAUAAAUACACAGUACUUGGAGCUACAUCCUGGGGGAAUGGGUGUGGUGAUGCCGGAUCUCCUGGUGUCUAUGCACAUGUUAGAGGUCUUCUACCUUGGAUAACAGACCAACUUAAAAAAUAUAACCAGUAAAUACUGGUUCUCAAAUAUCUACCAAUUCAUAUUAUCCUUACCCUUACCCUUACCUAUAAACUGUACCAAAACAACAACUUCGUUAUGUUUUGAAAUUAGUUGAGUUGAUAAUGAGAAAUUAUAAAACGAGCGCUGUUUACCUGAUAGUUAUGAAAGCAUGUAUACCAAUUCCCUUAUUUGAUGCUUUUAUAUCUUUGGUUUAUACUUAUUAUCAUCAGUUAUAUUAAAAUGUCUUGAGGUCAUAUUGGAAAUUAUCUCGAGUAACAGGUGUCUUAUGUAAUAUGUUGUAGGUAGUUACACAGCUUUAGGAGUUGUAUCAUGGGGCAAUGGUUGUGGAGAGGUUGAUAUGCCUGGAGUUUAUACGAAUGUUCAAAAAUUAUAUCCAUGGAUUGUAAAACAGUUAAAGAAAAAUACUUAGUUUACAACAUUAAAAUUUAAUGGUGUUUA